AUGGGUGACUACUCGAAAGCACUUGAAUUUUACGAAAAAGAACAUAAAAUAUACGAAAAAGCUCUGCCUUCGAAUCAUCCCUCAUUGGCUACUUCCUACAACGACAUCGGUCUAGUGUAUAACAACAUGGGUGACUACUCGAAAGCACUUGAAUUUUACGAAAAAGCACAUAAAAUAAGAGAAAAAGCUCUGCCUCCGAAUCAUCCCGAUUUGGCUACUUCCUACGCUUGCAUCGGUCUAGUGUAUAGAAAGAUGGGUGACUACUCGAAAGCCCUUGAAUUUUACGGAAAAUCACAUAAAAUUCUCGAAAAAGCUCUGCCUUCGAAUCAUCCCUCAUUGGCUACUUCCUACAACAACAUCGGUGCAGUGUAUGACAACAUGGGUGACCACUCGAAAGCACUUGAAUUUUACGAAAAAUCACGUAAAAUAAAAGAAAAAGCUCUGCCUUCGAAUCAUCCCGAUUUGGCUACUUCCUACAAUAACAUCGGUGGAGUGUAUAACGACAUGGGUGACUACUCGAAAGCACUUGAAUUUUACGAAAAAUCACAUCAAAUCUUCGAAAAAGCUCUGCCUUCGAAUCAUCCCGAUUUGGCUGCUUCUUACAACAACAUCGGUACGGCGUAUGCCGGCAAAGGAGACUACUCGAAAGCACUCUCAUUCUUAGAAAAGGCACUUUCUAUCUGGCAAAAAUCACUUCCACCUAGCCAUCCUAAUAUUAUGACGGUCACAAACUCAAUUGACAAUGUAAAAAAGAAAAUGUAA